AUGGAGAUGAUCAUUUAUAGGGAUUAUGAUAGGUUUAGAGGCCUAGAGAAGCAAGAGAGAAAAUGGGUGGAAAUCUUUGUGGUAGAAGUUAACCGUUCAUAUCCAAGUUCCCAGGCAACUAACUCUCAGUUCAAAAUAACUGCUACGCGCUAUACGCAAGUCCACAACAUCGAUCUUCUGAAUAAUCGGCUUUUCAUGGACUUCAAGAACAUCCAUGCAAUCCCUCACAUGAACCACAUGGACCGAAACUAUCCCAUAGAUAUAAUGGGAGUGGUCUUCAACACGGAAGCCUAUUUUGAUGAGCCUGCAAGUCCAAGGAUGGUGUUUUACAUAAGGGACAUGGACAACAUUGAUAGUCAGAUAAAAUGUGUGGCAACUGGCGAUCAUGUUUAUGCCUUCCGGGAUCGUCUUGAAAACAUGAGAGGUUGUGGACAGGUGAUUGUGGUCCUUAAGAUGUGGAGGGUAUGGAAAUUUAUGAGUUAUUUUGGUCCUCCUGAUCUAUGGCUUGAGACCGAGGGUGGAUUAUGA